UUUCGAAAUUCGAUUGUGUCGACUAUUAAAUAUUUUUUGCUUUUUUUCCGUUUUCUUCCUGUUCUUGUAGUGUAAAUUGACUUUACUUAUACCGUUAUGGUUUUUCAUAAAGUUUCGCUUGUUAUAUCGUUACUUUACUUGCCAUUAGUAAUACUAGAUAAUAGUGAUUUUAAACUUGGAGAUUUAGCACAAAUAUUUGCAGCACUUUCUGGUCAAAGUACUUGUGAGUUUAAAUGUCCUGGAGGUGUUGUUCCAAAUGUUAAUCUAUCUCAUGUAGCAUCUUCUAAUGGGUGCGGAGUACCAGGUUUGAAUCUCGAUGUAAGUAAAUAUCCUGGAUUUACAUCAUGCUGCAACGAGCAUGACAAGUGCUAUGAUACAUGUAAUAAGAAUAAAGACAAAUGUGACAAAGUAUUUAAAGAAUGCUUAUCAACAUCCUGCAAAGCGCAAACCAAGGGAGAGAAAUUCAAAGAAUGUAAUGGAGUUGCAGAUAUGUUUUAUGGAGGAACAGCGGGAUUAGGAUGUGCAUUUUUUAUUGAGGCACAGCGCAAUGCUUGUUUGUGCAACGGAAAAACAUUGUCGAAAUCAGAAGUAAAGUUAUUGCAAGAUGAGUUGUAGUUGUUAGAUAUUAUGACGGUUUUUUUUUACCUUACUCUAAUGCUUUGUUCGCAUUUUUUAAUGAUUUUAUGGUAAAUUGAAAAACUAAUAUAACCAAUAAACUAUAUUUAAAUGUCUUAAACGAACAAUUUUGAUAAAUUAAACUGAAAAAAAAAGAAUUUAGCUUUAUAGUGACUUUAUUUCUGUCAUUUUAUAUGACUAUAACUGUAUUUAUAGUGCCUAACAUUUAUUUUUGAAUGUUAUUUAAAUAUUUUACGUGUAUUAUGAUGCAUUUUAAUUAUUUAUAAUUGAAUUAUAUUUGUUUUUUUCUUUCAAAA